CAAAGACCCAAACCUGAUGAAGGUGUCUGUGGAAACUUCAUUAAAGUUAGGGACUGUAAAAAACCUCCUGGCGUGGUGUCUCCUGUCACUAGAACUUGUAACAAACUCAAUACUUUGGAUAGCAUCAUUAUGGAAAUACAAGCCAACUCAGAAUGUCAGAUACCAAGUAAAACUCAGUUGGUUAUGGCCAGAGAAAAGUUUGACGAACCACUAUUGAGAGAUGCUACUGAUGUUAGCAAUGACUUGAAUCAAUUGAAUAGUGUUAAGCUGCCAGACAAAAUAGAUAGAGAAAUAAUUGAUGAAGAUGAAAAUAGCCACAAUGC